CAGAGGCUCAGUCCUUUGUCCUUAGAGGGAGGCCCUUUCCUUUCCGGUGAGAAAGCUUGUAGUAGGCCGAGAGCCAGCAGGUCUGAGCAGCAAGGGAGAAAGCUAAGGGUUGGGCUACUUUAAGGAAGGCUCGAAAAUUCUGAAUGCAAGAUUGCGAAGAAAAUCCCGCAUUUUGAGUGUCGGCUAAAGGAGCAGUAGGCUAUCCGGGUGGGCUAGUUUUAGAGUACUGGAUGCCUGAACACCUCUUCUGCCUGGCCGGCUCCUGUGACCUGCAGGCUUUAAGAACAGUGCUUCUCAACUUUCCUAAUGCUGCGACCCUUUAAUGCAGUUCCUCAUGUUGUGGUGACCCCCAACCAGGAAGCUAUUUCGUUGCUAUUUUAUAACUAUAAUUUUGCUACUGUUAUGAACCAUAAUGUAAAGAUCUGAUAGGCAGGAGAUCUGGUAGGCUACCCCCAAAAGGGUUUGCGACCCACAGGUUGAGAACCGCUGCUUUAGGGGGCUGCAGAAGCCACAAUGAGACUAGAGACUCGGGACUAGGGAGGUGGAAGGCACAGCAAGGCUUUUUAAAGCAGUGUCCAGGAUCGCUCUUCCCACCCCGCUGACUUGUGCAGUGGAGAGUGCUGGCUUUAAUCUGGGAUGCUCCACCUUCAGAGUGUGUUGUGGGUGUGGCAGACAGGUUUGUGAACUGCUUUGCACAAUGGCUCCAGAGCUUACUUGAUGCUCUGGAAUUGAAUUCUAGAAGUUCUCUCAUGAACAGGCUGCUAAAAGUUAUUUUAAAAGUAAAAUUUUUAGGUCGGCGUACCAAAGUAAUUCGUUUUGAGAUGAAAUUUGGUUUUGGUUGCAUGGGAGCCCAAACACUUGGAUGCAAGUAAAAAUAUCCAGAAUCGAAUCAGAUUGAAUUCUGCUGCCCCUUCCUUUAUUUCUGCAUAUUAGGGCACUACCCAAUAAUACUAUUACACUUAUGUGUUGAUGAGGUUUUUGUAAGGACCACUUUCAAAAUAUGUCAACCACUUAUGACCAUACAAUAUCUCAAUAUAGGUUUUUCCCCCCAGAAUUUUAUUUUAAUGGGUCCACAAAACUCCUUGAAAACAAGCCAAAACUUUAUAUAACUAUUUCUAUAGGUUAAGUAAUUGGGAGAGGAAUAAGCAAAAAAAAAAAAAAAAAGGAGGUAAAUCCAGCAGAACCCUAUCAGGUGAUGUGGUUUGAGCCAUUAGUUUCAAAGUAAGAGACUUCCAUAGUAGUUUUUAAUAUGUAAUGGAAUUUGUAACUGAAAGCCUUCAGAGUUCUAUAGAGAGCUGCUUACUGUCGUUCCUCUAUAUCCUGUGAGUUGAUAUGUGGUAUUAAACAUAUAGUUUUAUAAGCAUGCUAAAGCCCAGAGGAGAGAAAUGUUCAUGUAAUGAUCUGUAUCCUGUGAGGAUUCAAAGGUGCUUUUCUGUUGCCAAAAUGCUCCUGCUGGCCUCGUGAAGGAAUUCCCCUUGAAUAGUGUCCCCUGUAGAUGGUAUCCAGGCCUGACAUCUGACUCGUAGCCUCCUUGCCAGCUGGCUCAUUGGUGGUGGCAGAGCACUCCCAACUGUGGUCUCCUCAAGGACACUGGUAGUAUGUUUGAAUUCGUUUCUGUGUUCUGUAGCUAUAGACGGCCGUUCCCACUUAGACUCGUUUUUAGCGCAUCCUUUUACAGAGCUUUCUAUUAUUCAUGACCGGAGUUCGUGAAGGAAGGCAGUGUUGUGGACUGCACACCGGUAAAGGACCUGGUGAGAGCAUGCUUUAGAGUUUCAGUCUGCGCCAUUGGAUUUAACACCACAGAAGGUGAAGUUUGGCGACUGGUUUUCCUCUUCAAAAAUGGGUUCGUUGCUUGAGGGUCGUAGUCGAUGACGUCUUGAUAGUACUAUGUUUGCCGCUGCUACCAAGAGCUUUGUUAAGCAAGUUGGAGACGGAGGGAGAUUAGUGCCUGUUCCGAGCCUCAGUGAAGCGGACAAGUACCAACCCCUGAGUCUGGUGGUGAAAAAGAAGCGGUGUUUUCUGUUUCCUAGACACAAAUUUACCUCGACGCCCUUCACACUUAAAGAUAUUCUCAUAGGAGACCGAGACAUCUCGGCCGGUAUUUCAUCUUAUCAGUUACUGAAUUAUGAAGAUGAGUCAGAUGUUUCCCUCUAUGGGAGGCGAAACAACCAUAUCGUGAAUGACGUUGGGAUUAAUGUUACUGGAUCCGAUUCCAUCGCGGUCAAAGCUUCCUUUGGUGUAGUAACCAAACAUGAAGUGGAGGUGUCAACGUUACUCAAGGAAAUUACCGCACGAAAAAUAAACUUUGACCACAGUUUGAUCCGCCAAUCAAGGAGCAGCAGGAAAGCUGUGCUGUGUGUGGUCAUGGAGAGCAUCAGAACCACACGCCAGUGCUCCCUGUCUGUGCAUGCUGGCAUUCGAGGGGAAGCCAUGCGGUUUCAUUUUAUGGAUGAACAGAAUCCCAAAGGAAGGGAAAAGGCUAUUGUUUUCCCAGCACACACAACGAUAGCGUUCAGUGUUUUCGAACUCUUCAUUUACUUGGAUGGUGCCUUUGACCUUUGUGUCACAUCAGUGUCAAAAGGAGGGUUUGAAAGGGAAGAAACCACCACCUUUGCCGUGCUCUACAGACUGAGGAACAUCCUCUUCGAAAGAAAUAGGAGAGUGAUGGAUGCCAUCUCCCGCUCCCAGCUUUACCUGGACGAUCUCUUUGCCGACUACUAUGACAAACCCCUUAGCAUGACUGACAUUUCCCUCAAGGAGGGGACGCACAUCCGUGUGAACUUACUAAACCACAACAUUCCCAAAGGGCCCUGCAUACUCUGUGGAAUGGGGAACUUGAAGCGGGAGACGGUUUACGGUUGCUUCCAGUGCUCUGUGGAUGGGGUGAAGUACGUGAGGCUUCAUGCGGUCCCUUGUUUUGAUAUUUGGCACAAAAGAAUGAAAUAAAAGGAAAAAGGAAUAAGCUUUGUUGGUGGGUUUUUGGUGUUUGGAGACAGG